UACAAAACAAAAAUCGAGAUCAGGUGAAUCUACGCUACGCAUUGAGAACCAGUGACUAUUCGAUUCUAGAUCUGUCAAUCGAUCCACAGUGAGAGUCGGCGGAGGUUUUUCCCCGCCGAUUUGUGUGUUCGAGCCGCGAAGGGAGUAAUUGAUUCUUCCGAUGUAUAGUUGAGAAGUCGAGAGGGAUAAUGAUGGAAGUGGAAGGAUCGAGCACUUCGAUGAAUCGUGCUCCUGAUCAAUCAUCUUUCUUACGAUCCAGGCGAUCGAAAGCUUUGUAUCAGUUUAAGCAGCAGAAACUCCCAGCUUGUAAGCCAGUCUUAACACCAACAUCGGUUAUAACAGUGUUUCUACUUAUGGGUUUUGUUUUCAUCCCCAUUGGCUUCCUUACUCUUCGUGCUUCUCGUGAUGCUAUUGAGAUUAUGGAUCGGUACGAUGUUGAAUGCAUUCCUGAAGAGUAUAAAAGCAACAAACUUUCAUACAUAACAGAUGCAUCAAUCCCAAAGAAUUGUACUCGUUACUUGAAGGUACAAAAGUAUAUGAAAGCUCCCAUUUAUAUCUACUACCAGCUUGACAACUACUAUCAAAACCACCGACGGUAUGUAAAGAGUAGAAGUGAUCAGCAACUGUUACAUGGACUGGAAUAUAGACACACAAGUGCUUGUGAACCCGAGGAGUCAUCUAAUGGUCUCCCGAUUGUUCCUUGUGGGUUAAUAGCUUGGAGUAUGUUCAAUGAUACAUUUACUUUUGCUCGUGAAAGUACGAAACUGAAGGUGAGCCGGAAAAACAUUGCGUGGAAGAGUGACCGUGAGCACAAGUUCGGAAAGAAUGUGUAUCCUUACAAUUUCCAGAACGGAACUUUGAUUGGUGGAGCAAAGUUGGAUUCCAAAAUUCCACUAAGUGACCAAGAGGACUUUAUUGUGUGGAUGCGAGCAGCUGCUCUACUAAGCUUCCGGAAACUAUACGGACGAAUCGAAGAGGACUUGGAACCAAGAAACGUUGUUGUGGUAAAUGUGAUGAACAAUUACAACACUUAUAGCUUUAGUGGGCAGAAGAAGUUGAUUCUCUCAACAUCAAGUUGGUUAGGAGGAAGAAACGAUUUCCUCGGCAUCACAUAUCUCGUCGUUGGUUCCUCUUCCAUAAUCAUAUCCAUCAUCUUCAUGUUGCUCCAUUUGAAAAAUCCGAGGCCUUAUGGGGACAAUUCUUGGAACAAAAAAAGCCUUUCGGGUUGAGAAGCUGUUACAUUCUUUCUUUGACACAUUCUGAUUCCAGAAAUCCGUUGGUGAAAGAAAGAAAAAAAAACAUGGCUAAGGAAAUGAGGUAUGUUCAAACAUGGGGAGAGGUAUCACCAAGGCUUAUUGUAUCUCACCAGAAACAACAACAGCAAUUCUCAAACUUGCCAAAGCUUGAGACCAUUGUUGAAGAAGGAUGCUGCGUCGAUAGUUUUUCUGUUAGGGCCCCGAAGAGGAUCGUGAUCUUUCUUCCUCUUGUACUCUCAAUGAUUUUGUACAUGGUGUUGCACAAGAGUAUCAAAGAUUCUUGAUUUAAAACUUGUCUUUUGGUUACUUUUUUUUUGGGUUUAUGAGAACUUUUAAAUGUGUGAUGGUGAGAUGAAGAGAAUGUUCUCAGAUAAGUAAGAGAGAGAUUGGAAAUUUCUAUAGUGAAUUUAGGUCGAGAGAGAGUUGAAAUUAAAUUGUCUGCUUUUUUUUUUUGUUUCUUUGGAUAUGUAAUCUUAUUUCUUUCUGAUUCUGAUUUUUGAAU